AUGAUAGACUCAGCUCAAACUGAUACUAAUUUAUAGAGUGCUACUUCUGAAUAUGAAAAAAUAAACAUUAAGUUUUCAUUUAGAGAAUGUUUAUCUUAUUUUGGUCCAGGAUUACUGGUAUCAAUUGCAUAUUUAGAUCCAGGUAAUUUAGCUGGUGACAUGGAUGCAGGUCUUAAUGGUAAGUAUCAUCUACUAUGGGUACUAUUUCUGGCCACUGCUCUUGGAUUUGUUUUCUAAAAUCGUGCUAUGAUGAUAGGUUUGGUAUCUGGUAAAGAUAUGGCUAAGCUAUGCCGAUAUUACUACCCUAGGAAAAUGUCAAUUUUACUUUGGAUUAUGGCAGAAAUAGCCAUCAUUGGUAGCGACAUUUAAGAAGUCCUAGGCUCUGCUAUUGCUUUAUAAAUUCUUUUUGGCCUUAAACUAUGGAUUGGAGUUCUUUUAACAAUAACAACUACUGUAUUAAUCUUACUUGUAAAGUAUAUUGGUAUGCGUGCUUUAGAAGUGUUUUUUGCUAUUUUAAUAGGAACAAUGGCAAUUUGUUUUUUUAUUGAAUUAGGAUUCAUCGGUCCUAAUUUUGGCCAAUUAAUGGAAGGAAUGUUUGUUCCUUAUGUACCUAGCUCUGCCUUUUCUUCAAUGAUAGGUCUUAUAGGAGCAGUAUUAAUGCCCCAUAAUCUUUAUCUUCAUUCUUCUUUGGUCUAUGAAAAGAAAAUUUCUAAAAAUGAUAGACCUCUCUUGCAUAAAUCUAUCAUGUAUUUUAAAAUUGAAACAGGAGUUUCUCUUUUGAUUUCGUUCUUCAUCAAUUUAGCAGUCAUUGGCACAUUUGCAAAUUGGUAUAACACUAAUGAAGAUCUUGACUUACACUCAGCUGCUAGCGUGCUUGAAGUUAAUUUCGGUACUUCUGCUAAGUAUAUUUGGGGUAUAGGGCUUUUGGCUGCAGGAUAAUCAUCAACUCUCACAGGAACGUUAGCCGGUUAAUUUGUUAUGACUGGAUUUGUAAAGUUGAGAGUAAGUAAAUUCAAAAGAGCUUUCGUUACUCGUUGUAUAGCUAUAGCACCAAGUAUAAUUAUAGCCUUCAUAAGUGAAAAUGAAAAUUUCAACAAUUAUUUAAAUGUUUUGCAAGCAGUUCAACUUCCCUUUGCAGUUAUUCCUCUUUUGAAGCUCUCAAUAGAUAGAGAUCUUAUGGGAGAAUUUACUAUGGGCAAAGUAUAACUUAUCAUUCUGAGUAUCCUCUCCUCUGCAAUUGUUGUAGUAAAUUAUUAUUCUUAAAUUCCUAGUGAUGUAGAUUGGUCAAGUGCUUGGAUUUAUAUAAUAAUUGCUGUUAUGAUUCUUUAUUUCAUCUUUCUUGGAUUUGUUCUAUUUACUAAAAUUAAGAAAACUAAAGAUGUUAAAUUAAGCAUGGCAUCACAUGCUUAAAAACAAUCUUUGAUAUAAGAUGAUGAACAAUAAAAUUAUGCGUGA